ACGCGAUGCGUCCGUGUUGACACGUGUGCGCGACGCGUCGUAUCGCGGAUCGAUACUCUGAAAAGGAAAAGACGAUGAAUGAGUGAGAGAGAGAGAGAGAAAGCAUGGAUGUCCGACGCAGUUCAACGUUCCGCGAACGCAAAUGCGAAUGAAUGCGCUGAUGGCGUUCUCAUGGACGAUGAUGGAUUGCAUAACGCAAUUUCGCCUCGUCAUCUCUCGUCAGGAUCGGGUCAGGGUCGUUCCUGUUUAUUUAUCUCUUGCACGGAAGAAUGGUCGUGCGCGCAUGCCGUGAGGUUGGCAUCACUGGCGUCCUCGUCGUGGCUACGCUUGUCACUCAUGCUCACGCUACGAUGUGUUUACGUUGUAACUCAGGAAAUGCUGCUAUCUUGUAAGGCGAAUCAUCUUGAGGCUGGCAGUAUGAAGCGCGCGGUGCACGAGGAAAACAGUGACAACAAACGGACCUUUUUCAAGCAGGAGUCUACCAUCAACUUUGGAUACGAUGCCUCCACGUAUGCCAAUUACACGCCGUCGUCGUCGUCCACACCCUCCACUAUCGCUCAACCUUUACCCGGGCAACCACCCCUGCCUCCUAUGCCUCCACCGCCCAGUGGAGUCCCACCUCCGCCACAUGUAUUCGGACCAGUGCCUUCCCCGAUUCAGUGGACACACGCACACACCCCCUGGCAGUGGAUAACGCCGCAAACGUCUCCCUUGCCACCCCCAAAUCCCCACGAUCUCGCCAAUACAAUUCCCAGGGAGAUUCCACUCAGGGGUAACUAUGUACGUCGCGAAAGGUUUCACAGUAGGAGCAAUGUAUUCGUACAGAGAAAUAAUUUUCACCGUAAAAAUAGAAGGAUGGUGCGAUUUGUCGGUGGACAGACGCAGGGUCAGUUUGAUCAGGCGGCGUAUUUCGGCGCGACAUUGACGGGUAAUCUCGGACUGGAGUGGCGGAGGAAUAAUUAUACCGCGACUAAUAACGCUAUUAUAAAUCACAUGACCGUUCCUAUACCCAACCAUCCCAUACCUUCCAUUCCAUCAGGAAUCAUGAGCAACAGACACAGCGAUGAGAAGGAGGAUCAGGAUGUGAAAAUUGAAAAAGUGGUAAAGAAGAAUAAGCAAAGAAAGCCAAUGUCUCAAAAUUACGUUAAUAAACCGUGGAACAGAGAGGAUGCCGAGAGAGCUCUAAAAAUUGAAAGUGAAUACAACAUGAAGAACAAAGUUAAUGCUCAGAGUUUAAUAAUUAAAUUUCCCGACACGGAUUUAGAUAAGGACAUUGUUAGCAAAUUUCAUUCUGACAUACUGAACAUACAUUUUCAAAAUCCAUGUGGGCCGAGAUAUUGCUUCAUUCAGAUGGCGGAAGAUGUGAAUAUUGACGAAGCUAUAAAAGAUUUGGAAAAGAUUAAGUUUGGCUUAGGAUACUUGAAGGUCGAGAAAAAGUUAUUAAGAGACGAGGAUAAUCCCGAGGAGAUAGAUCCUUAUACCUUGUUUAUAGGAAACUUGCCCGAAUCUGUUAAAACAAGCGAGAUAAAGAGUAAAUUUCCAAAAGCACAAGAUGAAGAAACGCGAAAGAUGAAGAACACUCGAAAUAUUCUAAUGAGAUAUAAUAGUGUAGACGAUGCAAUAUCAGAUUACAAGCAAGCAUACGGUUUAAUGUGGGACAAGAGGAACAUUAACGUUAGAUUUCGACGGAAGAGAGGUAACACUUGUUCCGAAGAACCUAAGCCUGAUGUUAAAAAGGUUAAAGAGGAGCCAAAUAACGCUACACAAGCGGAAAAGGAACGUAAUGCGAAUCACAUUGAACUUCAGCUCAAUGUUAACGAGUUGAAGGAAGAAGAAAGAAACACUGAUGAAACAGUGGAACGUAAAAUCAAUCACACGGAUAAAUCAUCGGCAAAUCAAAAUGUAGAGGUGCGAUUACAAGAUAAUUCCAAUAAAGUACAAGGAAAACCGUCCUCGCAAAUUCAGGAAAACAUAAACUCUCACUUGUCUGGGCCUUCGUCGGGCGUCGACGCGUCGGUUAAGGUAGUGCAAGAGGAACAGCGACAAUCUUGGGUAAUAGAUACUUCGCAGCCUCUUCAAACGCCUUCAGCAUCGGAGACUCUUCCAUCACGUUCGAUUGAAGCCGAGGAAAUGCUCACACAGAUCAAAGAGGAACCCAUAGAUUACGAUGAUACGGACAUGUAUAACAUGCAAUCAGAUGACGACGACGAUGAUGACGAUGACGAUGAUGAUGACGAUGAUGACGAUGACGACAAUGACGAUGUUGAAGAACCGAAUGAUUACAAUGACGAAGAGGACAAUGCAAAGGACUCUGAGAAUGAUGAUGAAGAUGAAGAUAUCGACGACGAUGGAAAUAUAGCGUUUAGGGCUAAGCCAUCGGUAACAACACGAGAUAACGAAGAACCGUCAGAUCAUCUUGAUGAGAUGUUCAGCGAAUUGGAGAAUAUGACGGACGACAUCGGUUUUUUAAAACACUGAAUAAGACGUUUUAAUACUCACGAUCACGUUCCGAUUCAAUUUAUUUUAUGAAAUUUGAUUCCAUAUUUAAUGUGUAAAUAUCAGUAGUUGCGUAAUAUAAGCAAAUAAGACUGCAUGUAUUUAGAUGUAGUGUAAGGUAUAGUAGUGUAAGUUAUUUUAGAGCCAUAUUUAAGCAUUUUGUAAUUAUUAUUUCUUCGAAUGAAUUUCAAUGAAUAUCACGCUUAAGUGAAUAAUUAUACAAGCUCUAUUACAUCAUUAAAGUUAUUAUUUUACGUA